AUGACGCACUUCCUCGUCAAACUGAUCGCCGCGGCCGCGGCCAUUCAGCAGGUCGCCACCCUGCCGGUUUCUCCGCAAGGUGUGAACGCCGUGGCUCGCCGGGACAACGGCGAUGACGGCCCGACUGGCUGGCCCCAGGACCCGCCCCCGCCUCCUCCGACCGGCCUCCCGGUGCCCCCGGUCCCUACCGGCGUUCCCACGCCUCCGGACCUCCCGGACCCGCCGGUCGAGCCCCCUACAGAGGAUCCUCCUACGGAAGACCCUCCCACUGAGGAUCCCCCGACAGAGGAUCCCCCAACAGAGGACCCCCCGACGGAGGACCCUCCUUCCGAGGAGCCUCCGGUCCCCGAGCCGACCCCGACUCUCGGCCGGCGCCACAGGCACUCCUCCAAGCCUUCCGAGGAACCGACUGGCGCUCCUGAGCCUCCCAAGCCCACUGAGGAGCCCCCCAAGCCGACGGAUGAGCCGCCCAAGCCCACCGAUGAGCCGCCCAAGCCCACCGAUGAGCCGGAGCCGACUGGUGCCCCUGA